AUGCGUAGGUACGAGCAAAGCUAUUCGUCAGCGUGGGGCGUGGAACCCCUGUUAAGUCCCGCCCAGCAAUAUAAUCCCGUGGAGCAGCAGGCAAGGGUGAAUCAACCCCCGGCCAAUAGCCUGAUCGGCACCAGUACCCAUCCUCAUUCUCAUCCCUCAACGCACGGCCAUUCCAGGCUGCAAUUGUCCAGUGAGCAUGCUCUGUGUGUAGGCGCCACUGGCAACCCAGUCACACCCGACGACAAUGGAAGACCUAACCUUUGCAGAAUUUGCGGCAAGUCGUAUGCGCGGCCCAGCACCCUCAAAACGCAUCUUAGAACGCACUCUGGAGAGAAACCGUUUAGAUUUACAUGUUGUUUAGAUGUCACGCGUGUUCAAAGGCAUUCAGUCAAGCUGCGAAUUUAACUGCCCACGCAAGAACUCAUUCUGGAGAAAAACCAUUUCGAUGUCCAGUGUGUGAUCGAAGAUUUUCACAAAGCAGUUCCGUAACUACACAUAUGAGAACGCAUUCAGGAGAACGUCCGUAUAGGUGUGUUCCAUCUCAUUGUAUGGAUUAUUUACUCUACAUAUGCCACUUGAACCGGUCAACGACUGUCAACGUGACAAUCACGUCAAACAGUAAUAGUCGUGUUGGAUUUCGCGAGUUUCGACUGAUCGAUCGAUUUACCUGGCAACCUUUUCAUUUCAGAUGUCGAUUCUGCAAAAAAGCAUUCUCGGACAGUUCUACGUUAACCAAACAUCUUCGUAUUCACUCGGGCGAGAAACCAUACCAGUGUAAGCUGUGCUUGCUGAGGUUUAGUCAAAGCGGUAAUCUCAACAGGCAUAUGAGAGUCCAUGGCGGCUCUCUAACGUGA